CUCAGAUCAAAUAUGCACAAAUAGAUUAGGUAACCCAAAAAUACGGUUCCGCCCUUCGCCUUAACCAUCAAAAUCCAGUACGCGCAAGCUACGCGGCCGUGUCCAGUCAUUCCUUCAUCUCUGCACAUCAUGGCCGACGACUUUUCCGAUAUUCUGGGGAGCGAUUCCCUUCCUGUCAGACGUGAGUUUUCACUCAGCGCCUGGUCAGCAAUGUCGUUUCUCAAGUCGAUGCGACGCCGACACGGGAUUCCGGACAACGACCACCGCCCAUUCAACGUAGCGUAUGCCGCAGUUCGACGCUCUCGACAGGAAAAAGAGCGGCCAGUGUCGGCGCUACAGAGUCAGGGAAGCACAAACACGCAGACGGCCCAUGAAGCUCGUCCUGCACAAGCCGAGCAGAUCGUACGGAAUCGCGGAGGCCCCAGUGCUCCCCAAUUACAGGCUGCUUCACCCUCCAACUUUCCAGGGCAGUGCGCCCCGGCGGCUACGGAACAGCUCUAUCCAUCUUUACCUACAAGUGAGGCUGCCGUGCCACCGCCGCCCGUAUCCACAUCUCCAAACAGAGUCCUCUUCGCUGAUGGUUACAAUACCAGUCUUCUUCGCGUUAGCGUACCUGACUUUCCUGAGAGACCCGUUCGUAAGACGAACGGUAUCCUCAAAUCCACUCACACUCAGAGAAAGCGUGGACUGGAGGAAGAGCCUGUUAUUGCUGAUAAUUCUAAGAAGUCCAGGGUCGAAGGUGAUGAGUUUAUUGAUGGAGAUGAAGAGGCCGGGUGGCAGAAUUCGGCUUCUUCUGCAUCGAAACGGGGCAAUAAGCGUGGUUUUGGUGAUGAGCCAGAGGGUGAUAGUGAAGAAAUCAUGUUAUCGGAGUGGGCCAGGGAGAAGAGACCGAGGAAGGUGUCACGGGGUCAUGAAGCUGUUGCCUCUGAUGAGGACAUGGAGGUUGACGAGGACGAGAUAGCGGAGGUGCUUGCUACGCCGCGAGGUAGGAAGCGAGAUCGCGUCGAGGCGGGUCCUUCCUUUAACGAAGAAGAUGAGGCGGAGGAAGUCGAGCCAAAGUCGAGGGGGAGGAAGAGACGUAAUAAGCGGAGAUCGGAUGUUGGUGUAAAGUUGCGGGGGACGAAGCGGGAGCGUGAUAUUAACGAUGAGGAGAUGCUGGAUAUUGCUGAAGAAUCGUCUGCUCAGCUGUCUAGGAAAAAGAGGGGUAAACGGGCUCAAGCUGUCCAGGAGGAUGAAGAUGAGCAUGGUCGUUAUGCCAAUAUCUCUAUCGACGUAUCCCCGGACAGAGCCAACCGUAGGGAGAUCGGUGAGGAGUGGGAGAGCAAUGGAGUAAGGUAUAAAGUGGGUCCGAAUGGGCAAAGACUGCGUCAGGCGCUCAUCAAGAAGGCCGGGCAGAGGUACAUUAUGGUAAGCUUUGUUUUCUUGUGCGUAUAAGAUGUUUUACAGUUUCUGCAGCCAAAAGACUCCCAACAUCCGGAUCGAGAAGCUAACAUUGAGGUCUGCGUCGAGAAAUGGCUUACCGAAGAUGAGUUCAGGGAGGCUAAGCAACAACGUUUGCUCGCGUGGCAAGAUUUGAUGCCAAACAAGUCUUCUGAGCCCUCGACACCUUCAUCUGAAGUGCCGGUAGGAUUUCUAAUACUUCAACUUCUUUUUGCAUUUUGAUGAGAUCUAUAUAGCCUUCUCCUUCUUCUGGCAAGCAUCUUCUAUGGA